CCUUCGCCAGAAUACGGCCGCAGGCCCUAGCGGAUACGAUCGCGCGGCUAGGUGCUGUGAAUUCCACUUUCGACCAUGAAUAAGAAGAUAGACAAUCUACAUUCUUCAAUUCAGUCAUCAAUGUGCAUUCACUAUGCGAAUCGUGAUUCAUAAGUUUACCGUACUUGUACCUCUUCUGCAUAGACAAGAACACGCUCGUUGUUGCAGACUUGAGUGCUGAAAGCUAGUAUUAUACUAUUCAUCGCAACGCGCAAACAGGACGAACCAAGAUGUCCGACACUGACGUGCAAUCGCCCUCUCAUCCUCCACCUACGAACCCUCAAAACACAAUCUCCCCGUCGUCACUCCUAAACUUCAGCGGAACCCCUCGCUCUGCGCUCCCCUUCCAACACAUCAAACUCCUCGGCCACGGCAGCAGCGCCGUAAUCGAACUCGUGCGCGACAGAACCACACAGCAAACUUUUGCACUGAAAACUUUCCCACGGCACAACGGCGCACAAUUCGCAUCUGCGAAACGUGCACUCGAGAAUGAAGUCGCAAUCAUGACGCGUCUAGCGCCGCACAUCCACAUAGUCCAGGUGCUAGGAACCUUCGCAUCGAGCAGCGAUCUCGGAAUCAUGCUGAGUCCCGCGGCCAGCGACGGCGACUUGGCACGCUACAUCACGGAUGCCGUGGCGUGCGGUGUGCCUACGAGAUCGCAACGGGGAGUUUUGCAGCGUGCGUUUGGAUGCCUCGUGAGAGGGUUAUCACACAUCCACGCGCAUACUAUUCGCCACAAAGAUAUCAAGCCCCAGAAUAUACUCGUUCAUCAUGGAAGAGUGAUGUAUGCGGAUUUCGGCAUCUCGUUUGAUGCGGAGGGCGAGGAUACGAUGACUGUGGGACCUCCUGGGGCGUAUACGCCACGAUAUUGUGCUCCUGAGGUGAAUGAUUGGGGGGAUAGGAAUCGGAAGAGUGAUGUUUACUCUCUUGGAUGUGUGUUUGUUGAGAUGCUUGAUGUGUUGGAUCCAGGGAUUGGUUUGAGAUCGAAAGAUUCGCUGCCGUAUCAUCGGAAGAUCGAGGAGAUCAGGCGCAGGCUGUGUGAGGGUGCCAAUGGGAAGAGAGAUGUUGGCGUGAAUAGAGGGUUGCUCGGGAUUUGUCAUGAUAUGCUGGAUCCGGAUCAGGUGGCUCGGAUCGAUACUGCGGAUGUGCUGCAACGCGUUGUUGCAAUUGCUGGGGUGGAGCUUAAGAGAGAGAAUUCGUACUUUUGCCGGGACUGCGCAAAGGAGCAUUUACCCUCUUCCCUAUCGACCCCAGAAGAUCUAACAGAAGAUUUCACCGCAAUCUCACUCGGCGCAACCUCCUCGACAGAAGAAAUCGUUGCACCCCCAUCACCAACCUUGGAACACAAAACCUCAACAUCACCUCCGAAGAAAGAAAAGACAAAGAAAAAGAAGAGAUCGCCCAUCAAAUCGAAAUCCACCCGUUAUUACUGCAAGACCUGCAAUUCACUUGGCCACACCACCACAGACUGCCCAAAUAUCUGCCCAAACUGCUCAACCCUAUAUCCGGGUCACAACCCCCGCUCAUGUCCAUCCCUCCAAAAAUGCUGGACCUGCAAAACCCGCGGCCACUACGCGCGAAAUUGCCCCAAUGUAUGCUCAGCAUGUGAAAGAGUGGGACACGCAACUGCGCAUUGUCCUGACCGAUGCUGGACAUGUGGCGGGCUUGGACACACUGCCCGAUACUGCGGGGAUGCGUGUCUGGUGUGUGGACAGUUUGGGCAUGCGACGAAGAAGUGUAAGGGUAGGUGUCAUCGGUGUGGGGGGUUGGGACAUUGGAGUCGCGGGUGUAGAGAGGUUUGUUUUAAGUGUGGACGGUUUGGACAUUGGGCUGCUGAGUGUCGGAGUAAGGGCAUGCAGCCCCAUCAUCAGAGAGAAUGGCAACCGAUCAUCGAAUUGGUUCCUCAAGGUCCGUUUCAGGUGAAUUCCCGCCGCCGCCAGCGAGAGUGA